ACUUUUUAUAUUAUCUUUUUUAAACGUACAUUUGAUACUCCUCUUGUUAAAAGUUUAUAAAGAGUACGAGCGGCUCGUUGUUUUUGUUAGAAUUAGCUUUUGAUAUAUCCAAUUUAGGUCUUCUUUAGCUUCGUUGUGAAAGAAUGAGACAAGCUUGAUUGAAUUGAAUUCUUUUUAAAUCAAGCUGAAUACAUGGAGAAAUUGAGCAUUUAUUCUGGAAUUAGAGAUUUUUUAAAUUUCUUUCUUUGCAUCUGAUAAGGUUAUGCUGUCGAAGUAAUAAUGAUAAGUCUCGUUGUCGUCUGUUUGAUAUGUAUUUUGCACAAAUUUUUUACUUUUUAAUCUACUUCAUGUGGGUGGUGGAUGUUUCAGAAUUGCAAAGGGCAUUUUUCAGAUAGUUUAUCAGCAUCUUUGCUUCGUGAUUUGUUGGGAUUGUUGAACUAACGUCUACAAGCUUUAUUUGAAAGAAUACUAGAGAUGGAGAACAGGUGCAAAGAGAUAGGGUCUGAGGUUUCUAUGACAGAAGUUUUUGAGUUACCGGGAGAGGCUGCUGUUGUUAUCAACGGAGUGCCUGCGAUAUCCUCCUCAAGUGAAAAAGUGUAUGUUCUUCCUGAUAUGGUGAAUGAUGCAAAAUCACCAGGAGAUGCAGGUUUUGGUGACUGGUUGGAAGGAAGGGAAGUUCAAAAGUUGUUUGGGGAACAAUAUUAUACUGGUACUGUGAUCCAGUUUGACAAAAAAAGUGGUUGGUACAGGGUGGUCUAUGAAGAUGGUGAUUCUGAAGAUCUUGACUGGCCUGAGUUAGAAGAGGUUCUUUUGCCUCUAGAUAUUUCAGUGCCAUUGAAGACAUUGGCAAUGAAAAUAAUCAAGAAGAACCAAAAACCUAUCAAUAUAUCUCAAAGCAGUUUGGCUCCAUCACUAAAACAAAAGACCAGAAAAAUGGGAAGCAAGGGAAAGAAUGUUGAUGCACAAGAAGCUCCGGUUAUAAAUAUAACUAUUUCAUAGGAGGUGAGUGAAUGUUUAGCAACAUUCCAAAAGUUGAUUCAUACAAGUCAGAAGCACUGGAUCGACUGAAUAAGGGCAACCGAUAAAAAAUUGUCUUCAAAGUCACAAAGAUGCCCUCAAAACUUCUCAAUAAGAAGUCUAGAUUCUUAAAGCCGGGUUGCUAGGUAACUUUAGAGUCUUAAGUCUUUCAUGUUGCACUCUGUGUGGAACGUCAUAAUUGUGUACAAAUGGACGACGGUUGUGAUAGAGAAGCUUUGAAUUCAUUCCUCUUCACAACGUGACUUGUGAGCCUGCGCUCCCAUUGUUCUUCUUAUAGUUUAGUUUUUGAUGACGUUGUUAAUUUCAUUUGCUGCAUGAAGACUUCUCCCUCAGACAA